UAUUACCACCCUGGAAUAUUAGAUGAUUGACCCUAAAAUUAAUUGACCGUGUCCCUUGGGUCUCGGCUAAAUUUCGGCCGAGCCUACCGUGGCGGAGAUAUAUAAUGAAAACCAUAGUUUUGCUUGCUUGCUCGGUGGGAUGUCCUGGACUCCUAGAGUACUAUUAUCACUAUGUAGCAUAUGGCACACGAACCAACCAUCAUCUUUAAGUUGUCGACGUCGCAAACCUUGCUUAGCUCCAUUGUCUUGCUGUGCUGACAUAGCAUGAAGAAUUUUUUUGCUCAGCUGUUCUGCGAGACACGAUUAUGAUAUUGCUCGUGGCCGGCGCAGGAGUGACUAGGUUUUUAGUAAUAGCCCAAGUGCGGGAGCGUUUGGGUUGGAUGACAAUGAGAUUAAUAGACAAUUUGUCUGAGCACACUCGUAGUACCAGUACAAUGUCCCAUAUCGUGGUCUCAUAUCGUCCCCAAUAUGGAUGCGUGCCGCUAGACCUCGGACCGACAUUUGCGUGCAAGACCGUGUGCUGGACGGAGGUUGAACGGUGUCAGCAAAACCAUACGCUAGAUCUGAGAAGUUCCAGGAGGAAAGAAGGAAAGAACCAAAUAAAGUAUAGUGCGGUGGUAGAACAGGUAAGAACGAAAGCAAGGAACCACCAUAUGCUGAAGGUCCGCUAGUCCCGGGAGAAG